AUGAUUCGCACAACUUGCCCGCUUGCACCCCUUCGUGCGUCGACUCGCGAAGAAGGUACAACAAGUACCAAGCUCGGUGCGCCCAGCGUGGUUGUUUGGCUAUCCUUUUCCACCGGACCCCAGAGACGCUUGAUAACCUUCUCAUCGACGACCCACUCCGUCCUUUGCGAUGUCUCAAGUCGAGCAAAGAGUAGAAUCAAUGUCGAUCUGGGCCUCGCCCUGACCUCUACCUACUAUUUGAAAUUGCCUCUACGUGGUCAACUGUCUUCUUAUUUCUUCCAGGCGUUUCCACCCUACUAGCCCAAUCCCAUUUCGUAGUACAAGCAAUUAUCAUAUCAAGUCUCUCGUUGAUGUUGGACUCAGGCAUAGAUACUGCAUACAUUCACUUUCCGAUACCAUGUCAUCUUCUAGAUACGCCUUCAUUUCUACUAGAAGAGCCUCUGAAUUCAAAUUAUGUCCCUCGACCGUGGCAGACCUAUCACUAAAGUUCUUGUAUUGACGAUGCGGACCGCGACGCUCGUGUUUUUCAGCCAGGUGGUGGAGUCCACAGCGUGCCAUGGGAGGAUCUCUGUCUAUCGUCAACUUGACGACUCUGCAGCUGGUCCAGGUGCGAUUGGAGCUGUUCAUGACAUCCGACUGUUGACCCGAAUGCAGCGUGCAGUCGUCGCAAUAUUUGGUCAGUCAGCUCUGCUGUCUUCUCUGUCUCGCCAUUCCGCACCUAGGCUCUACAAGCCUCUUACUCGUGCGAAGGACGUCUUCUCGUAGUUGUGCCAAUCGUUCCCUCAUUUCUGCAGACGCCCACUCGAGGUCGCUCACUCGUCCUGCUCCGCCUUCUCCUGCGUGAGGAGAUCAUAGCAUGCCCUCAGAGGACGUAGCUCAGCCACGAAUGC